UUGUAGAGAAAAUUGUAAGUAAAACUUGGAAAUUAUUUCAAGUAUCAUUAUAUUUGUGAUUGAUAAAAACUAUUGAAAUUAGUUGUGGUUUUUGAAUUUUGUAGGACUCUCUAGUUGAAGAAGCUGAAAAAGGUGUCUUUGUUCCACAUGGACAUAACGAUAUCUUAACAGCGGCCAUUGGAACAUCUAAGAAAGGCGGUCGUGUUCGUGGUGUUGGAAAUCACCAUAAACAAAGCACUUACUUUGGAAGGUCGUCUUCACGUCAAGGACAACAUAUAGAUGUAACUCAACAACUUAAACAACCUAGAGCUGAUUUUGAUCAAAAGUUGGCUGAAGAGCGUAAGGCAAUGCAACAAUCUUUUAUGGAGACACUUAAGUCUAUGGGUUUAUCGCAAAGCACAGAUGAUAAUAAAUGCAUUGAAAAAAUGGAAGUUGUCGAAGGAAGCGGAAAAGGAAGUUGUUCAGCUGCAAAAGGAAGCACAAAAGGUGUGGAAGUUGACGAUGUUCAGAGAUUGCUACUCAUGGUUAUGAAAAUGGCUGACAAACACUUGGAAAUCGAAUUAAGUCAUUGUAAAUCUGCCAUUAAUUUUUAUAUAUCAGCUAAGUGUAUCAGAGAGUUGUUGGUGGGUUUUCAUUGGCUUGACGUGUCUAUUCUGCAAGUUUGGUGCACGUAUAUUCUUCGUUUAUGUAUUGAUAAUUCAUCAUCGGAAGUGUAUGGAUUUAUGGACCCUGCUAUGUGUAUACAUUAUGAUGAUGUGCCGAGUUCUGCAACAAAGGUUAGAAAUUACAUGCAAGAUAAGUUAAUGAAGGAAGACAGAGUUUGCCACCUCCUACCACUUAUUCAUGGGUAA